CCACUCCGGUUAUACUUCUACUUCUGUUGGUAGGCAAGUGAUAAAACCCUAAUCGGUGAAUUGAUUCAUAAAAUUUUCAACUGGGAGUUGAUUGUUUGAUCAAUCGAUCAUCUAUUUGAUCCACUACCAACACCAAGCUUUGAAUUUGUUUCCAUUUUGGAGGAUGCCUCCAAAACAAUCGAAAGCGGAAGUAGCAAAGAAGCAGAAAGUGGUAGAAGACAAGACAUUUGGGCUUAAGAACAAGAACAAGAGCAAAACUGUCCAGAAAUAUGUACACGCACUUCAGCUGAAUGUGCAACCCAAACCCGAUGCUUCCAAACUCGCUGCUAAAAAAAAGAAGGAUGAAGAGAAGGCUAGAGAGAAGGAACUUAAUGAUUUGUUUAAGAUUGCUGUUGUUCAACCUAAAGUACCUGCUGGGGUGGAUCCAAAGUCUAUAUUGUGCGAGUUUUUCAAGGCCGGUCAGUGUGCAAAAGGUUUCAAAUGUAAGUUUUCUCAUGAUUUGAAUGUACAAAGGAAGGGUGAGAAGAUUGACAUUUUCAGUGAUAAGCGCGAUGAUGAAGGAACGAUGGAGGAUUGGGAUCUAGAGAUGUUGGAAAAAGUUGUGGAAUCGAAAGGAAAAGAGUACAACCAGAAUAAACCAACUGACAUUGUUUGCAAACACUUCCUUGAUGCAGUGGAGAAAAAGCAAUACGGUUGGUUCUGGGUUUGUCCCAAUGGUAAUAAAGAGUGUCAUUACAGACAUGCUCUCCCUCCGGGAUACAUCUUGAAGUCCCAAAUGAAGGCACUUUUAGAAGAAGAAGCUAACAAGCUAGCUAUUGAGGAUGAGAUUGAGGAUCAGCGUGCAAAAGUGAAAACGACAACUCCGAUGACUACCGAUCUCUUCAUGGAUUGGAAGCAGAAGAAGGUGGAUGAAAAAGAAGCUGGCUUGGCUGCUCAGAGAGCAGACAGGGCUAAGAAUGAUCGGAUGAGUGGUCGCGAGUUGUUUCUUGCUGAUGCUAGUUUGUUUGUGGACGAUGCUGAGGCGUAUGAGAAGUAUCACAGAGAAGAAGAGCCUGAUAAUAGCACCCAGAAGGCACAAGAAAGUUCAUCUACAAGUGGACCGAGUACAUCAACAAGCAUUGUUGCUGUUUCUGAAGAAGGGAAUUCUGAGAUGGAUGAUGACGAUGAUGAUGAUUUAGACUUGGACGAGUUGAAUGAACUUGAAGCAAGCCUAUCAAGAACAUCCAUUCAAAUCAGAGAGCCUGGAAAAUAAGCCGCUUAUUGACAGAAACACGAUCGCUUGUAGGGGACAUAACUUGAAGAGAUGUCACCGUUUUGCCAUGGAGGUAAUUCAACUACUCCACUUUGGUCCCUUUUGUUAUUUCAUAUAGUUUCAUCGGAUUGUAGAAUGCAAGUUUUGAAUUGGGUUUGCAUGCUUUUUAUGAAAACCAUACGUUGUAUGAACAUUUAGUUUUAGAGGUUUUGCUUUAUUCCCAAAAAUUAUGUGGCUACAUAUUUGGAUCAAAACUGUUGUUGUAUUAGUCUUAUUUUCUGUGGAUUAUCCUUUCGUAUUUCU